AUGGCCGUGGCCGUCUCGGAUCAGAAAAUUAUGUGGUAUUUUUCGGCACCAACUCCUUUUCUUUUCUUGAAGCUAAAAUUGAUAGUUGUCAAUCAAGCUCCUGAUUUCACAGAAGCCGUCGUUACGCCGAUAGUCUCCACCGGGAGAACCGAGGCGUGCUGGCUACCAUCGACGCGUGCUGCCACGGAAGGCGAACGGCAAGAAGUCAGACGGGUUGCUGGUCCGCAGCGCAAGGUACCCUUCGAAGGACCGAUCUGCCCUGUUCUCGCCAACCUGCAGACAAUCUUCCUCAGCACCAAGCUCAUCGUACUCUUCUCCGUCGUGCCCCUCGGCCCAAUGCGUGCACAUAGGCCAGUUUUCACCAUAUUGAAGAAUAAAGUGCAUUUGUUUAGAGACUCUUGCCUGUUUGAUGUUGUCGGGAGAUUGAUGAAAAUGGAUCAUACCAUUGAAUCAAGCACUUUUGUGGAUUUUGAUGAUGGGCCCUUAAAGGAAUCAAAAUGUUAUGAACUGGAUUUGUUGGAAUCAGAUUAUGCAUUGACCAAUAUGGACUUAUGUGCUCCAAUAAUAAUAGAAACAUCUUUGGAAAACGAUUUACUGGUGAAGAUGGAUGAAAUAUCUGUCAAACAACAUCGAUUAUUGUGCCUCCUAGACCAAAGUAAAUGGUUAAACGAUGAUAUUUUGACAGUGCAAUGUGGUCAUAUUUCAGAAUAUGCCGAGAACACAUGCCAUUCACAGCGGAUGCAGAUAAUUUACUCAAUACUUGUAUCUGCAGGCACAGUUUGGGAUAGAUACAUGAUGGUGACCACUUGGUCAGCCAUUGGUGGAAGCUGCCGGUGGGAGAAGACAUGGCGAUGGUCGUCCUAG